UGAUCUUUUUGUAUUGGUGCUAUGGGAAGAGCAAAUAUCUACCUUUGUGCCAAACAGGAGCUGAUUGAUAAGCUGGCGAAUCAGGGCAGCAGAAUGCCCGCAAACAGGUUCUUGGGGUUUUGUGACAGGAGGUUCUUGUUACGAUCCUACUGUUACGAUCCUACGUCCCGCGAUAGGACGGCAGAAGCAAUAAGUAACCACCAACCAAACAUGGGGACCUGGGGGAAGGCACAGCAUGACAAGGCCGCCCGGCCGGCGCCUAAUGGGUUCAGGCAGGCUCACAUGACAAGCUCGCCAACGAGCAAGGUCACGUGAGCGCUCGUCAAUGAGCACGACGUCUUCUUCCCCCUACUCCCUCUCCAUCCCCGUCGUCAACAAAGCCAUCGGUGGCAGUAGCUCCCGCUUCUACACCCGCGAAGGCCGCUAUGACGAGAUCAUCUGUCACGGUUUGGGGUCUCUCCCUGUCACGGUUCAGGGUGCUCCUGCCUAUAUAUACUGUUCGUAGCUUCACUCAAUACAAUCUCAGUACAAUCCUCAACUUCUUCCUUUGCGUACAGUUCACUGAACUCCAACAGACAUUGAUG